AGUGUUGUUGUGGUGUGAGUGUCUUAUCUGGUUUACCGUAGUUUGACCUCUGUGCUGCACUAUUUUCAUCAUGGCGGACCAGGGUGAGAUCGAGAAGUACAUGUACAGUGCGUUGGACCUGGCUCGAGCAGCUCUGGCCAAGGGGGAGGUCCCUGUUGGCUGUGUCAUGGUGUAUCAAGGACAGAUAGUAGCACAGGGACACAACAGAGUUAACGAGUCAAAAAAUGCGACAGUCCAUGCUGAGAUGGUAGCGGUUGGUCAGCUGCUGGAGUGGUGUAUGAAAGUGGGUCUGGAUAAGAACGAGGUCCUGCCCAUAGUGCAGCUCUACGUGACGUGUGAGCCGUGUAUCAUGUGUGCAGGGGCCCUCAGACUGCUCAGUAUCCCCGUGGUGUGGUACGGGUGCCCCAACCCCCGCUUCGGGGGCUGCGGCUCGGUACUCAGUGUGCAUUCAGACAGGCUAGAGUCGUAUGGACAGCAGUUUAAGGUACACCCACCCGUGUGUGUUAUGAUCCGUGUGUGUUAA